UGGCCGACUGACCGUCAUCAAUCAAAUUGUGUGUCAAAAUGGUCAAUAAACAAAUUGUUGCUGUUGUUUGAUCCCUAGGACUACAUUUAAUUUAUUUAAUUACCUAUGAGGAAGUUCAAAUACAUAAGAGAAAAUCUGUGAAGAAAUACUGCUGCUGCGGUCAUCACAGCACAAUGGACUUCACAAAAAUAUGUAGAGUGUGCCUUGACCAAACUAAGGAGACAUUUGAUAUUUUCACAAGUUAUUAUGCAAAAAGAAAAACGUUGUACAGCGAAAUGUUGUCUGACUGUACUAAAAUUAAGCCCAGCCUAGACGACGGUCUGCCUCGGUUAAUUUGUAAAGAUUGCUGUAGGCAACUGAAACGCGCCUACGCCUUCAACCUCCAAUGUGAAAACAGUGAUGAGCAAUUAAGAAAAUAUUUGAAAACUCCAUGUAAAUCUGAAGAAAAAUAUGAUCCGAACCAGUUAAAAGAUGAGACUAAACAUGUAGUAAAUGAUGGAGUUAAGAGUGAGAGCGGGGAUGUAUUGGAUUUCCCUCCAAUUAGAGAUGAAGAUAUUUCUUUUUCGCUAGAUGCUGACUAUAAUCUGAAGGAAAAUAUCAAAAUAGAAACAGACUUCAAAGAUGAAGCGGGUGAUGGCUAUGAUGAUGGAAGUACAUGGGAAGCUGAUGACAAUGAGGUACUUCAAGAUGCUGCAUUUCGUAUUAAAGUUAAAAAGAGAAAAGAGCCUAGCAAUGAUGAUGAAAAACCAAAGAAGAAAAGGGGACGUAAAAAAAUUGAGAAAGUUGAAGGAGCUGAUAUCUUGCCAGAGAGCAAACUGCCUCACCAGUGCGACAUAUGCGGCAAGUUCCUCAGCACUCGUAGCAAUCUGAAGGCGCACAAGAUAUGCCACACCGACCUCAGGCCGUAUAAGUGCGGCGACUGCCCGGCUACUUUCAGAGGCCACAGCGCCUUGUUCCAGCACCGCAAGCUGCACACGGGCGAGACGCCGUACCACUGCGAGUACUGCCCCAAGCAGUUCCGGCGCCGCACCGGGCUCGUCAACCACAUCCGCAUGCACACUGGCGAAAAGCUAUACAGCUGUGAUAUUUGCUUCAAGACGUUCGUGCAGAGCGCGCAACUGUCGAUACACAUCAAGCGGCACAAGGGCGACAAGUCCUUCUUGUGCCAGGACUGUGGGAAAGGAUUCCCCAUCAAAGCGGAUCUCAAAGUGCACCAGCGGAUCCACAACGGAGAGAAACCCUACGCGUGCCACCUUUGCACCAAGACCUUCGCCACCUCGGGCAACUUGUCCAUACACGUGCGGAUACAUAACAAGGAAGUUAGAUACAACUGCAAAAUUUGUCAACGCGGCUUCGUAACAUGCAGCGCUUACAACGUCCACCUAAAACGACACAAAGGUCAAAGGGACUACCACUGCGAAUGCGGCAAAACAUUCUACACGUCUUCAGCCUUAAAACAACAUAAAGUAGUCCACACUGGAGAAAAGAAAUACCAAUGCAAAAUAUGCGAAAGAAAAUUCACGCAAACAAGCCAUCUCAGCAGACAUUUUAAGAGGGACCACAUUAAACCAAACGCCCCUGUGCCGUCUUCGGAUUUUUAUAAAAUAGUCAUUCAGGAGGGCAACAAAAUCAUGAAUGUUUUCGACGAUGUGACUAGGAAAAUUACUGUGAACACCGGCGUGAAGUGCGAAGGAUCAUAGUGAAUGGUAAAAACGUACAAACUAUUGUUAAAACUGACUGUUGUGAUUGUGCAAUUCACCCUUCGAAAUAGGGCUGCAUAAAUAAGCCUGUAUUUUUUCAAUGAAAAGAAAAAGAUGAAUGUGAAUUCGUCACCAUUCAAAAUGGCUCUUGUUUCUCUGAUUAAAUUUUUGGUUGAUAUUAACCAUAUUAGAUUACUUUAUAAUUUAAUCUUUUGUCACACUGUUGGGCAAGUAUUUUACAUUACAGACUCCUCCAGUAUUUCUAGUAUUUGGCGUGGUCGCAUAGUCUCGCCACGCUUCUACAUUAUUGUGUUUUACUUUACAAGUGACUUAAAGAACAAUACUCAAUGUGCAAUACUCACAAAACUGAUAAGUAUUAGGUUUGUAUUACUUAUUGUAUCAACAAAAAAAAUAACAAAAAUACUUUAAUUUAUAUUAAAUUAAUAGGGCAAUAAAAUUAUUCGCAUUUUUGGUAUUGUAAUUAAUUUAAUAUUUUUAUUUUAACAAAGGAAUAAAAAAUGUAAAGCUAUCCCGAAAUGUUAUUUUUAAGUUACCAACAGUGAGACUGCAUAAUACUGCGUACGCGCACCUUGGUGAUUUACCCAUAUUCUCAUUUUAGUUUUCUAUUAGGUAAAUUACUUUGUAUUUAUUAAAAUUAAUUUUUUAAUACUUAUUAUUUAUGUUU